AGGCGGGGAGGAGAGGAGGAUGGGGAGGGGCUCCUUAAAGAAACGCUGCUGUCGCUCGCCUGCUCGCUUCUCGCUCGGCAUUGUGGCCAGCCAGCCGGGCACUCGGGGGGCACGCGCGGCUGCCGCUCGAGCUCUGCCCCCACCCCACCCGCCAGCAGAUCUGGGGUGGGGACCCAGGCGGCGGCUCCCGCAGCCACUGCCCGGCGCGGACCGCCAGGAGCGAUCCACUCCUGCCGGAGCCGAGGAAAGAGCCACGGAGCUGUCUGCAGCCGGCCGGCCUCCCCGCCCCUGAACACUCGCUUCCCGGCUGCCCUUUGUAGCCGAAGCUUCUCGCCGCCGAGCCCAGGGCCGGCGGGGGCGCGGCGCGCACGGCCGAGAGAUGCCCAGCUCGCUGUUUGCAGACCUGGAGCGCAACGGCAGCGGCGGCGGAGGGGGCGGCGGCGGCGGCGGGGGAGGAGGAGGCGGCGGAGAGACCCUGGAUGACCAAAGAGCCCUGCAGCUCGCACUCGACCAGCUCUCCCUGCUGGGGCUGGACAGUGACGAGGGCGCGUCUCUGUACGACAGCGAGCCGCGAAAGAAGAGCGUGAACAUGACCGAGUGCGUGCCAGUGCCCAGUUCCGAGCAUGUCGCCGAGAUCGUGGGGCGGCAAGGUUGUAAAAUCAAAGCGCUGCGGGCAAAGACCAACACUUAUAUCAAGACCCCAGUUCGCGGGGAGGAGCCUGUCUUUGUUGUGACGGGCAGGAAGGAGGAUGUGGCCAUGGCCCGGAGGGAGAUCAUCUCCGCCGCCGAGCACUUCUCCAUGAUCCGCGCCUCGCGCAAUAAGAACACGGCGCUGAACGGCGCAGUGCCCGGGCCGCCUAACCUGCCAGGGCAGACCACCAUCCAGGUGCGCGUGCCCUAUCGCGUGGUGGGGCUCGUGGUGGGGCCCAAAGGCGCCACGAUCAAGCGCAUCCAGCAGCAGACGCAUACGUACAUCGUGACGCCCAGCCGCGACAAGGAGCCGGUGUUCGAGGUGACGGGCAUGCCGGAGAACGUGGACCGCGCCCGCGAGGAGAUCGAGGCCCACAUCGCCCUGCGCACCGGCGGCAUCAUUGAGCUCACCGACGAGAACGAUUUCCACGCCAACGGCACGGAUGUGGGCUUCGAUCUGCACCAUGGGUCCGGCGGGUCCGGCCCAGGCAGCCUCUGGAGCAAGCCCACCCCCAGCAUCACGCCCACUCCGGGCCGCAAGCCCUUCUCCAGCUACCGCAACGACAGCUCCAGCUCGCUCGGCAGCGCCUCCACAGACUCUUACUUCGGCGCGGGCACCAGCGGCAGCGCAGCCACCACCCCGCGCCUGGCGGACUACAGCCCCCCCAGCCCCGCGCUCAGCUUUGCUCACAACGGAAACAACAACAACGGCAAUGGAUACACCUACGCUGCGGCUGCGGCGGGCGAGGCUUCGGUGCCUUCCCCCGACGGCUGCCCCGAGCUUCCGCCAGCCUUUGACCCGGCUCCCGCUCCACCGCCCGGGGCGCCCCUUCUCUGGGCCCAGUUCGAGCGGUCCCCGGGAGGCGGACCUGCAGCUCCCGCUUCCUCUUCCUGCUCCUCCUCCGCAUCUACGUCCGCUGCUUCGUCCUCCUCGGUGGUCUUUCCCGGGGGCGGAGCCAGCGCGCCCUCCAGCGCCAACCUGGGGCUGCCGGUACACCGCCGGCUGCACCCAGGCGCCAGCUGCCCGCGUCUGUCCCCGCCCUUGCACAUGGCCCCGGGGGCGGGUGAGCACCACCUGGCUCGUCGUGUGCGCAGCGACCCUGGCGGAGGGGGCCUGGCCUACGCCGCCUAUGCCAAUGGGCUGGGGGCGCAGCUGCCGGCGGGCCUUCAGCCUUCGUCGUCGGACGCGUCGGGCUCCUCGUCCUCGUCCAGCUCGUCCUCCAGCUCGUCCUCUUCCUCCUCCUCCUCCUCCGGGUUGCGGCGUAAGGGCAGCCGCGAUUGCUCCGUGUGCUUUGAGAGCGAAGUCAUCGCCGCACUGGUGCCCUGCGGCCACAACCUCUUCUGCAUGGAGUGCGCUAACCGCAUCUGCGAGAAGAGCGAGCCCGAGUGCCCGGUCUGCCACACCGCGGUCACUCAGGCCAUCCGCAUCUUUUCGUGAAGGCAGCGCGCGCUUGCGCGCACCGCAGGGCGAAGGAGGACCCCCGCCCCCCUUUCCUUCUGUCCUCAAUCCCUGGCGAUGCCUCUCUGCCUAACUCGAGGUGUCCCACCUUCUCCUCCCCGCCCUCCUGCUCACACUCUGAGAUCCGAAGAGGAACUUGGAAAGCUGUAGUAUCCGCUCAUUUUUUUUUUAAUUUUAAUUUUGAAACAAAGGAACUUGCCAGGAUAUCAGCAUCCGAGUACUGUAGCCUGGGAAACCUCCAAACCACCUGAAAUGCAUGCUCUAUAAAUAAUAGGAACGGCGACAUUCUAGUAAUGAUAGUUUUUACACUGUACUUAAUAGGAAGCUUCCAAAAGAAGACAACCCCACAAGUUUUCCAUUUUCUUAAAAGUAGGGAAAAAAAUGAACAAUAAUUAUUAUGAUGAAGAGGAUAAUAAUAGUGCUAUGGGAUGUGUGUGGACUGUUUCUGUGUGUUCCCCUUUGUGGCUGGGUUCCUACCAUUCUUAUUAUAGAACACAGUGGAUCCUUUUUGAAUGUUCGUAGAAGGGCCAGGAGUUCCUGUAAUACCAGGAUACUGCAGCUUUAUUAAAGUUAAAGAAACUGUAACAUAUCUCUUAUAUAUUAAAAAAACGUUUAAAAGUUUUAAAGAGAAAU